UCGUCGCGUCGAUGUUAUGUUAUGUCUCAUUCUCAAUUUUAAUUUCAUGUUUGUGCUUUCAUUUUAUUAGGGCUUAAAACAUUGAACUCGUAUAAAAUUUGUAUUAUGUGACAAGAUUUUAGUAGUCGUAUCUUAUAAACAAAGUGUUUGCUAAUAUUGUUAGUUUGAAAGUGCGUAUAUGAUGGCGGAGCUAAACGAAUAUAAGAUGAAUUUUGCUGCACUUAAAAGAGUUGAUCCCUAUGCAAAAGGUUUGGUAGAAACUGCAGCUCAUGUAGCGUUGUACACUUUUGAAAAUGAAUGGGAGAAAACUGACAUAGAAGGUGCCCUUUUUGUUUACAGUCGUACAGGUGAACCUUUUCACAACAUAUUGAUCAUGAACAGACUUAACAUGAAAAAUUUAGUUGAACCUGUUACUGAAGGUUUAGAUUUGCAGCUUCAAGAUCCUUUUCUUCUGUAUAGAAAUUCACAGAAGAAAAUAUAUGGGAUUUGGUUUUAUGACAGAGAUGAGUGUAUAAAAAUUGCAGGAGUUCUCUCAAAAAUUAUUCAAGAAACCCUUGAAAGUAAACCAGGAAAGGUAGGCCGACAGCCAGCAUCAGGUUCAGGAAGUAAUGUUGACAUAUUUUCAAUGUUAACAAAAGCCCAAGAAGAAUUUAAUUCUAAAUCUCCAAGGAAGACGAACGCAGACUUUUUGGGCAACUCUCAUGACAUGAAUUUUAAUCCAAAAGAAACAGAUUUAACACCUAAGAGUGUAAUGGAUUUUUUCGCAAAAGCAAGCAAUGGGUCUAAGUUUGCUCAAGACACAAACAUCAAUCAGCCCCCAGUUGUUUUUAUAAAUAACUCAAGAUCAGGCCCACCACCAGGAUUAUCACGUAUGCCAUCUCUCCCGAUAGCCAUUCCUCCUCCUCAAAAUGAUGUUAAACCGUUACUGCAGCGUUUGAUGUCUAAUCCAGUUCAUAGUGUUGAACACAUUGAAAAGCAACAAAGAGCAAUCACUCCUCAACAAGGAGACUUUGCUGGUUUCUUGAAGAAUGGUGGUAACCACAUGAUCCCAACCAGUAACAGUAUUGAAAUACGAAAUAAUUUUUCGUUCACCACAAAACAAGGCCUGCCAAUAAUUGAAAAUGGCCCUGUCAAUAUUCCAGGAAUAAAUAAAGUGGAAAACAGUUUAGGUUUUUUAAGAAUCUCUGACUCGCCCCCGAGUGUUGUGCACUCUCAGCAGUUUUUUAACUCUAAAUUGACCCAAAAUUCUUCCCCAGUUGUAACUGAAGGACUGACAGAGUCAACUUCAAUUCUUACAGAAAACCGUCCUCUGUCUGCACCAAUGGACUUAAAACCAGCUCUUAUGCCUCCUGUAAUGUUUACUUCAUCUGCAAAAAAGGAAGGAAGUGUGGAGGCAAUAACACCAGCUUCAUCCAAGAUUGGCAAUUCUGCACAAGCUAAUCCUCAGAAUAUCCCAGAACCUCUGACUAAGAAACAGUUUGUUCAAGCAUUCAGUUACUUGAUGAAAAAUGAUCAGGAAUUCACAAAUAAAUUACAUGAAGCAUAUUUGAAGUCAUUUGCGGAACUACUGUCUUAAUCAUCUUCAGGCUAUCUCCAGUUGCUGUUUAACGUUUACAGUAUUUGGUUUCUUAGCAUCAGUGCCGAGAUCUGAAUGGACCCUACCUGAACAUAAUCUUUCUAAUGGAGAAGAUAGCGUAGGCCUACACAAGUUGCUAGGAUCUGCAAACACUUUUAACAUAGAAAUCAACAAAGUAAAGAAGUAAGUUACAUCAUCGUUAAAUAUCAUGAUGGACAAAAAAUAGCAUGACAGGGAUAUUUGUAAAUCAAUCUCGUAUUAUACUGCUAAAAUGUGUAGGUAGCCAACUUAACAAUUGAAAAUUAUUUGACAUAAAAAUUACUUUUUGAAAUAAUAAAUUGAAAUUAUUAUGGAUCAUUUUCUAGCUAACUAAUUUUAUUUACUGUUUAGCCUUUUAAAACUAAAAAAAAAAAAAUACAGUAACCAUUAGUAUUUUUAAUACCGACAAACUUCCUUUAAAUUGAUUGGAGAAGGCAAAUUUUUGUCUUAAAGUAAUACAGAACAUACAAUAAUUUUAAGAGAUUGAUUUUUCUUUUACGUGAUUGAAUCGGUGCUUUAUAAUGUUGUAACCUGAUUUAUUUAUAUUCUGGACAUUAGCCCAAAUAGGCCCUAAUUAAAAUUUAGCAUAAAAUACGCUAACGUCAAGUUUUUAAAUACAUUGUUUUUUUCAAAUAACUACAUAACUUAUAUAGGCUACAUUUUUAUUUUGGUGGGCAAAUCAAGGAGUUGUAAAAAAUCGUCUGAAUGUAAUUUCCAGCGUCUUUUAAGUGCAAGUUAUUUGUAGGACUAAGUUAAUGGAAAUUAAGAAUAUGAAAAUGAACCUAAAUGUGUAUGUGAGGACAUCAUUUCAUGUAACUGUUUAUUUAUAGUCCUCAAUCAAUGUUUACUUGCACAUUGUUAUAGACUUAGACCUCAGUUACAUUUCCCAUUUCUUAAGAGUAAGACUGAUAAUUAGGCCCACCAUAAAAUGACCCUGAUUACCAACGAGAUACGUAAUUUUCUCUUUAAAACUCAUUAUUAAGAACCUAUUUAGUAUUUAUAUUAUUUGAUGGAGAAGAUUUUUUUAUUUUUAAAAGAUAUUUGAUUUUUUGUUAAAUUUAAAAUGUUUGUCUUAUGUGUUUUAAGUUGUUUUAAGCUAGACCAUAACUCUAUUUUUCAUAGAAGGAGACAUUUUUUUGUUACCGUACCUUUAUUUUCAGUUUAAUGUCAUUAAGACCAUAUUGAGUUUUAAAUAGGUAAUCAGAGAAAAACAGGGCUUAACCAACAACAAUUUAAAAUCAUUCUGGUCUUUAAUAACCUAUGCACAUUGGAUUUGUAAAAACUUCUAAACUAACUGAAUAAGGUCUAAUAUUUCGCAGAAUUGUAACUGAGGCCUUGUUAUUGUUUUUAUUUAAGUGUCAUUUGAGAUAGAAUCACUCAAAAGCUUUUAAGAUUUCUUUGAUAUUUUAAAAAUUAAAUAGUUUUUAAAAAUGAGUAGAAUGGGGCCUGUCAGACCGGCAUAAGGAUAAAGUUUGCAAGACUUUGUUUCCAAAGGCUGCUAUCAGCAUAACAAAUUAAUACAAUUUAACGUAUGGUGUUGCUUAAAAACUAAAAACAUGAUCAAAGUUGUACAUUUCAUCCCCUAAUGUUCGACUCUUGUUAAGUUUAUACAUUGGUUUCAAUUCUGCACUCUUUUCACUAUUUCAUAAAAUUGAGUCUACUAAAAGAGACAUUUUAAUUUCAAGUUUGACUCUGUUUCAGCUUAUUUUUCAUAGUUACCGGUAGGCCUACCAGAUU